GCCAGCAUGGGAGUGAAAGGGUUGGCUGCCUUCACCAUCAUCUUCAUCAUUGCCCUCUUCUGCUACAUGUGGCUUUAUGGUGCCUUGGAUCAACAGUGGCAAUAUUGCCUGAAGGUUUAUAUUGCAAAAGAUCAAGUAAAUUCUCCGAGUUUGCUUGGGAGAAACAGUUCAGAAAACAAUGUCCUGACUCCACUGAGGGUGUGUCCAGGCCAGAAAUUCCAGGCCGGUGAUUUGCUGAAGCAUCUGCAAGCUGCGCCUGUCUUGGCCAAUGACGUGCUGCUGAAGCCCUACCUGGCCAGCUGGGAUGAACUCAUCAAAUUUUUGAAGACCUUAGGGCCAAUCAUGGGUUUAGUUUCCCAGGAAAUUGAAUCAAAGACCAGCAUCAUUCGUAAGCUUGCCCAGAAAGAGGAGGAAGACAUAAAGAGGCUGUUGCGAGAGAGGCAGUCAGAGGCUGGGCAAGUCUCAGGCUCCUCCCUCCCUCUGGGUGAGCCCUUCCCCAACUCCUAUAGCAAACUCCCAGGUGGAGCCGAGGGCGGGGCCUAUGUCUCUGUGCGCUCUAUGAUGGAGGCGGAGCUGGCGCGAGGUCUGGUGGACUUCACCCAGCUGACGGUGUCCGGCUGCCGCACCCUCCUGCGGCUGCACCGUGCACUGCUCUGGCUGCAGCUCUUCCUGCAGAGCCUGGCUGAUGAAGACGAGGGAGGCUGCAGCCCCGCCCAGCUGUGUCGCGACACCUACCGCCUCACGCUGGCUCAACACCACACGUUUUGGGUGAAGCAGGCGGCAGAGCUGGCAUUUAAAGCCAUGCCUGAGAGGGCCUUUUUCCACAGGCUGGUGUGCGCGAAAACGCCAGUGGAGACCGUCAUCAUACUCCACAUGGUGAGCGGGGCCAUCGGGGAGGUGUACAACAGGACUCAGCUGGCACUGGAGGAGCAUGGUAUGCUGGCGCUACCAUAAAGGGCUGCAGUGCAUAACCCGUCAAGAAACACAGCACACAGAAGCUCCUGCCAAGAAACACAGCACACAGAAGAUCCUGCCAAGAAACACAGCACACAGAAGAUCCUGCCAAGAAACACAGCACACAGAAGAUCCUGCCAAGAAACACAGCACACAGGCGAUCUCGUCAAGAAACAGCACACAGGAGAUCCCGUCAAGAAACACAGCACACAGGCGAUCUCGUCAAGAAACAGCACACAGGAGAUCCCGUCAAGAAACACAGCACACAGGAUAUCUCAUCAAGAAAGACAGCAUGCAGGAGAUCCUGCCAAGCAUGUUAGAGCUAAUGCCAGAAAACAAAAAUCCACUUCUCUUAUCCAGAGCGACUUACAAAAAUUAUUUGUCAUUUACUCAUAGAAUAUCCU